AUGUCCGGAAGUUCCGGACCUCUUCGGGCCAAGAGGUAUUUGGUGUUCCCACGACCUGGCUCGUACACCCCGACGAAAGUUCAGCUGAUUCUUGGGAUCGGAUUACCGAUGGAGGUCGACGUCAGCACAAUUAUGGGAUACGUGGUGAAGUUUAAUUACAACUUGCCGUAUAACGCCUCGACCUUAACGGAUCCGUACGUUCGACACGAGAGAUCGCCCGUGGAGGGUCCAGGAAGUUCCUUCCAACCACGGGAAGGUCGUCCUUGUCUCCUGAAGGCUGUCUGCGAAGCUGCCGACGUGCCCUUUAACGGGAACCAUGGGGUCCUUGGGGAGCUCCUUCAGGUUCUUCUCACGCCAUCCAGCACGAGCGACGGGCAGGAAAACGUCGACGACCAGGAGUACCGCGCCGCGGAAAUCCUUGGACGAGAACAUCCUGGACAGUGUGGGAGGAUAUUUUCGGACUGCGACAGCUCCUUGCUGGAGUACUUCUCCGAGGUCUUCUGA